AUGGCUAUGCUGUCGAAACUCUCAUCAUCAGCAUCAUCAUAUUCGAUGUCUAAUAGCCAUCAAUAUUCUAGUUUUAUUUAUGAUGUUUUUUUAAGUUUCCGAGGUGAGGACACUCGUAAGACCUUCACUGAUCAUCUAUAUACAGCCUUGAAGCAAGCUGGGCUCCGCAUAUUUCGGGAUGAUGAUGCCAUUGAGAGAGGACGACUGCUGAAACCAGAGUUGGAAAAAGCCAUCCAACAAUCUGAAGUGUCACUCAUUGUUUUCUCAAAAAGCUAUGCAACCUCCAAGUGGUGUCUGGAUGAGGUUUUGAUGAUUAUGGAAGAAUAUGACAAGAGUACUACUUCUUCCACUAAUAAGUGUCGUGAAGUGGUGCCCGUGUUCUAUAACAUCGAACCGACUGAUGUUCGAAAUCAAACGGGCUACUUUGAAGAAGCAUUUAAGGGUUAUGAUGAUGAGGUAACAGGGGAAACAGAUGUUCAAAAGAAGAUGGAAUUGUGGGAGAAGGUGAAUACAUGGAGGGCUUCUCUUAGAAAAGUUGAAUCUCUCAAUGGAAUGGUAUUAGGAGAAGACGGGUUUGAGGCCGAAUGCAUAACUGACAUCGUCAAUGUUGUACGAAAGAAAGUGAACUAUAAUGCCCUAUACAUUAAAGAGAAACUGGUGGGAAGGAAUAAAGAUGUUGCUGAGAUUGAAUCAUGGUUGCAAGACAUGUCGCCCAAUUCCACAAUCCUUCUCAUUAAUGGGAUGGGAGGCGUAGGAAAAACGACAAUAGCCAAAUGUGUAUAUAAUAUGAACUAUCGUGAGUAUGAGGGAAGUUGUUUUCUAGCAAAUGUUAACGAGAAGUCUAAUCAAUCUGGCGGAAUGCUUCUCUUGCAAAGGCAACUUCUUUCAACUACUUUGAAGAGCGAAAAGGAAGAAACUAUUUGGAAUGAGUACGAGGGAACCAUUAAGGUUGCGAAUGCUAUAUACAACAAAAAAGUUCUUAUUGUACUUGAUGAUGUUGCAACAUUGCGACAGUUAGACACAUUACUUGGACCACAAAGAUUUUAUGCUGGAAGUAAAGUGAUUGUAACAACGAGGCACACGUGGUUAUCUACUGCUUUCACAAUUCCUCCAAUGGUCCAAACAAUCAGAACACUAUCCAACGAUGACUCUAUUGAGCUCUUUAGUUUGUAUGCCUUCCCUCAAAAGCAACCCAUUGAUCCUUACUAUUAUCAAUCAGAACAAGUAAAUCAAGUAAUUCAUCACUGUGAAGGUCUUCCUUUGGCUCUUGAAGUGUUGGGUUCGAAUCUACGUGGGAAAAGUAUUCCUCAAUGGAAAGACGCCAUGUCCAAGUUAGAAAAAUAUCCUCUUGAUGGGAUCCAAAAAGUUCUACAGCUGAGCUAUGAUUCUCUGGAAGAUCACCAUGAUAAAGAUCUGUUCCUGCAUUAUGCUUGCUUUUUUGUGGGAGAAGAUGAAGACUUUAUUGUUAAGGUAUUAGGUGAAUGCAAGCUCUACCCUAUUAUUGGCAUCAAAAAUCUAACUGAUAGGGGUCUACUAUAUAUCGAAUAUGGGAAAGUGGGAAUGCAUCAACUAAUCAGGGAGAUGGGGAAACAAGUUGUCCGCCAAGAAUCACCAAAGGAUCCUGGGAAACGAAGUAGAUUAUGGGACCAUGAAGAUUGUAUCAACGUGUUGCAAGAGAAUGUGGGUACAAAAAAUGUAAAAGGAUUUAGGUUGGUUAUGCAAAACAUGAGGGAUGCUACUUCAAAGUAUAUAGGCAAAAAAAUGGUGAGGAAUGAAACAAACUUCAAAAUUAAAUCCUUAGAAAAGAUGAAGAACCUAAUGCUACUUCAACUAAGCUAUGUAACAUUUUUUGGGGAAUACAAGAAGUUGCCUAAAAAUUUAAGAUUAUUGAGCUGGCAUGGUUUUCCUUUAAAAUGCAUACCAUGCAAUAUUCCUUUGGAGAAGUUGGUUGUUCUUGACAUGAGUUACAGCAAAUUAGAGCAUGUUUGGGAUGACUUAAAGAUAAUUCGAUCAUUGAAGAUCCUUAAUCUUAGCCACUCUGUUAAGCUAAUCAAAACCCCGGAUUUUGGUGGACUCCCUGGUCUAGAGAGUUUGAUUUUGAAAGGAUGUACAAGUUUAAUCAAGGUACAUGAAUCGAUUGCAAACCUUGAAGGACUUGUCUUGAUAGAUCUAACAGAUUGUAGAAGCCUAAGAAAUGUUCCAUGUCUACCUAGAUCCCUUGAGUCAAUUCAAAUGUCCAGUUGCCCAAACAUUGAGGCUGUUGGACGUUUUGAAUGGUAUGGUAUAACUUCAUUACCUUCUCUUUUGGUACAUUUGAAUAUCUCAUAUUGCAAUUUGUUUGACACUUCUUUUCCGAAUGACUGGAGUAAUCUAGUCUCACUUUCUGAGUUGAGAAUUGACGGAAAUAAUGUUACUCACUUACCAAAAUGUAUACAAAGCCUACCUAGACUUGCACAUCUCUUUGCAGUAAGAUGUUCACAGAUGCAAUCAAUUCAAGGAGUCCCAAAAACACUUAGAGAAUUAGAUAUCGAGGGGAAUAUAUCGUUGAAGAAAAUAGAGGUUUCACUAGAGGUGCUACUCAAAAAGCAAGGCAUCUUGGUCAGCAGUUUGGAAUGUCCAAAUUUAUGUUACAUGCAGGGGAAUUUCAAGUGGCAAUCUAUAGACAAAGUUGAGAAGAAAAUCCUAAAAAAGUUAGGGUUAGGAACGGAAAUGGGUCUUCAUUAUUCUAAACAAAAGGUGGUAUUUGAGUACGGUAUAUUUAGCACACUCAUUAGAAAGGAACAAAUACCUUUUUUUUUCACAUAUAAAGAAAGGGGCCCACAAAUAUCAUUUAAAGUUCCUUGUAAUGAUACUCAUAGAAUAAUAAGUGGCUUCAACUUGUGUAUAGUCGUUCCUCCGAUAUGCUAUGUUUCCUUGCAUGAAUCGAGGAUUGAAGUAUAUAAUAUGACCAAAGAUUUGUUGUGGAUCUACUAUCCUGGAUUUUUUGAAAAGGCAACGUUAAAAGGGUGGUGGUUAAGUGUUUGGAGGUGUGGCAAUAUGUUACAAGAAGGAGAUCAAAUCUUCAUAAGCAUACGUUAUAGAGAAAAGUUUUGUAGGCAAGUAGAGGAAUGUCGUGUAAACCUUAUAUAUGAUGAUGAUGAUGAUGAUGAUGAUGACGACGACUGGGCGGAAAGAAAGGAAGUCAAUGAUGAUGAAAUAGUAAUAAGAUGGACUGAUCGAAUGUUUAUAGAUAUAUCUGAUUAUGUUCACACUCACAUGACCUAUUAUAUUGGAAAAUCUAGGGCGAUAGAUUAUGAUCGAGGACUUCAAGGUGGAUUGGUAUCGUGGAUGAUAGAUGGAGAAAGAAGGGAAUUAAUGACCUCCAAGUCUGUAUAUAAGCCAAUGAAAGCCCAAGAAUAA